UGGUUGUUUCCCGUUUCCUCUUUCAGUGAUAAACUCUUCCCAGUGUUCGGUUUUGGAGCCAAACUGCCUCCAGAUUACCAGGCUGCAAACCACGAGUUCGCCCUCAACUUCAACCCCACUAACCCCUACUGCAAAGGUAUUGAGGGGAUCAUUGAGGCCUACAGGAUGGUGAUGCCUCAGCUGAGACUCUCUGGACCCACAAACUUCUCUCCCAUCAUCAAUCACGUGUCCUCCAUCGCCGCCCAAGCAGCGCAGAGCAACAACGCCUCUCAAUACUUUGUCCUCCUCAUCCUCACUGACGGUGAGAUCACCGACCUCGAUCAGACCCGGGACGCCAUCGUCCGGGCGUCGCGUCUGCCGCUGUCAAUCAUCAUUGUGGGGGUGGGGCCGGCGGACUUUAAGGCCAUGGAGCUCCUGGACGGAGACGACGGCGUGCUGAAGUCGACAGUGGGGGAGGCCGUCUCCAGAGACAUCGUCCAGUUCGUCCCGUACAGACAGUUCAAAGAUGCUCCACAGGCGUCUCUGGCUAAGUCUGUCCUCGCUGAGGUUCCCAACCAGCUGGUCUCUUAUUUCAAGAUGAGAGGCCUCGAACCACUUAAACCAGCUACAGCUGCACCCAAAUCCUAAACCGUGCACCCACAAAGCCCAAACACCACCUGUGCACUCCCUAAGCCCACCCUCAAAGCUGAAGGCCCGCCCUCUUCUCAUUCCAGGAUCAGACCACUCGCGAAGUCGACCACCCUUCAGGGGACCAACCUGAUGUGUUGCUAGAAUCUCAGCCAAUCACAAAUCGCAACCUUUUCUUUUUUUUUAAACAGUUUUAUAGUGGCUUUAUUUUCUAAUGUUUCUCUUCAAUGAGAGGGAUGAUAAUAAUUUAGUAUAGAUGAUUUAUAAUUGAUUCCUUCUGCUGCUUGCACACUAACUAUGCAGCUCACAUGUCAUUACUAACAUGCGUUUAAUAAUCACAGAGCCACACACACACACACACACACUGAAAAAGUGUCAAAGUUAACUUUGUAUGUGUGGAGACAAAUUGGGCUUCACUUCAAUGCAGGCUCACCACAGCAGCAUCAAGUGGACAUUAGAGGAACUGCAGCUGCAGGUAACUCACCGUACAUAGUCCAUGUUGCCAAUCCAACACCAUGGUCUAGCUGUGUGUGAGUGUGUGGAUCUGAUUAGCUUUAUUGAUCGGGUAUCGAUACUUAGCACUUUGCUCUUGCACUAAAUGCUGGAAUAUUGUAUCAUGAAUGAUAUUAUAUACUCUUUAUCAUAGCUUUAAUACUAUCGCCUUAAUAUAGAACUUUACUACAGCCUUAACAUAACAUGUUACUAUUGCCUCAAGUAGUCUUUAGUGCAGCCUGUAUGGCCUUCUGCUCGCUGUGUUCUCAGACUGUUCUGUCACGACUCUCAGUGGUUUGCUGAUGCCAUCUUGGCUCCCAGCGCAGAACGCAUCUCUACCACCAAGCAUUGGGUCUGGCCCCUGUUUGACCAAACUUGAUCACCUAACAGUAUUACACACAGGUCAUCAUCAAUUAAUCAAUUAUGGUAACCCGCCAUCCCACAGUACCUGAGCAUCACACUGAGAGUCUUGUCUGAACAUCUGCUCUAUUUAUUUGCCAAAGACUGUCUUCUGAAUGCUGGAAUGACCUGAACACACACAAGCUUGUGUCAAAACUCAUGUUUACUGCAGCAAUCACUUAGAAUUUACUUUUAAUCACUUAUAUCACCGCCACCUUUACUGUGGAUGUUUUUUUCAGGGUUCAUUUUACAGAAAGUACAUUUUUUGUGUAUUUCUAGCACUGAGGUUCAUUCAUGUUUGGGCACAAAAUAACGAUUGAAAGCUCUUGAGGAACAGCUAGUAAGUUAGGAAAGUGAGUAGAGAUUAUUUUGUCAAACACAUCAUUGGUGUAGUUUUAGUUGAAGCGGUGUUUUAUGUAUCCGGCAGUUUGUCUUCUGUCUGCCUCUGUGGUGCCAUCAGUCUGCCAUCAGUCUGCUGCCAACCAAACCAACCUUGUUUGGUUGGUUUUUGGACAACAAGAUAAUAAUAGAAACUGUUACCUGAUGAUGAUGAUGAAGAGAAAAAUAAGUUUACAGCUUCUUCUGCCUCAUCUUAAAUUUGUCAGGUUUUUAUGUUUUGACAAAAUGUCAAAAUCAGUUCUUCCAGAAGUAGAGGAUGAAAGUGUUGAUUUGUAAAAAUGUUUUCUAGAUUCAUCUACAGUUGAGGAGAAUAACAUCGUUGUGACCUCGUGAGCAAAGUAAUGUCUUGUGAACAAUUCAUACUUUACCUCAAACAUAUCUGCUGUGUCAACGGUUGAUUCAGCCAAAGAAUGAUUUGGUUUUUUUGGUCUUAUAUGAACACAUUUUGGAAACAUUGAGUGGUAAAAGUAUCCAUCAAUUACAAAAAAAAGAAGCGAACAUUAAAAAUGAAAUGACCCCUUUGUGACCGGGAACCACUGGUUUGCUUUCCAGGUCUUCUAAAUCACAGUUCUCUGUAGAAGACAUUUUUUAGCAAUCAACCUAUUCAACUUUAUUACUUUCUGGGAAAUUGUAGAAAACAUCCAGAGAUGCAGCGCCAUUUUUUCUUUUUUUUUUUACCAUAUGUCUUUAUUCAAUCAUCUUCCAUAAAAAACAUGCAAACUUCUAAGUUCUGAGUGAGAGAGUCCAUUUUGACCAUGUAAACGGUAACACAAAAAGUACCAUAAAAUGCACUUGAAUGCUCCGUAUGAAGCUAAUUAAAUGGACCAUCACUUCAGACUAAUUUGUUUGUUUUGAUGCCAAAGUGCAUUACAUUGUGUAGAUUGAAGUUUGUCCUCUCAGGCUGCCAUGAACUCCUUUUUUUCUUUUUUGUUGCCAAGAACUUGUUUGAGGGAAAUUAUGUAUUCACAAAUGUGGUUUAAAGUGUUAGAAGUAUUCGAAUGGAGGAAACUUUAGCCAAAAAGCUGCAGUUUUCAUUUUAAACAGCAAAGUGAAUAUUAUCAUUAUAGAAAUCUGAUCUGAGUUCAGCUGAUCAUGCUGUAUUGUCACUGCAACCUUAGCUGCGUGGUCACAUGGUGCUGUGAUGUCAUCAAGUAAAGGAGUAAAUGUUUCCAAAUUUCAAAAAGCUGCUGUCACUGAGAGAAAAAACAAGAGAAAAUGCUGCCUUAGCUUGUCUUCAUAAAGAACUACCCCUCCCACAAUGCUUUGCUCCACAGUGCUGCCUUGCUCACUGUAAUCAAACAGCUGUUAACCUCUUUACUCUGUAAAAAGUUUGUUAAACUGAUUGAUCCACGGCAUUAUGUGACCACCAGCUCACUUAUUCAACUAACUGCUAUUAACUUACCAGAAUAACUAAACCAGUGUAACCCGUAACAUCAUGUCUGUAUGAAUGUACCUGUUAGAAUACAAUAAUAAAAACAACUUUGGGAAAGAAAACAAUA